AGGACACUGAAUAGCUCGACUGAAAACAUCACACACGGCAUAGCCAUGGAUGAGAGUGUUUUGAAAUAGCGUCAUAACUCGAUUUAGACCUAUCGCAACAAUAACAAAUACAUUCAGCUCGCAUCAUUCAGUGUUAGAACGUGACAGUAAGUGAUAAAAGUAAAAUAAAUCCAUCAACGCGGAAAGAGAGUCUUUAGGUUAGGAAAGUGGUGACGGUUCAUUGGAGACAAUGUGCUGAGAACACCUGUGUUGAUUUUAAUUAAGAAACUAAUUCAAUUAAAUUAAUUCCCCAACAAUCUUCAAGGCCAAAACAUCAAGAUGGUCUUCGAGUCGAUUGUCACUGAACUCUUGAACAAGUUCCUGGGGGAGUACAUCCAGAAUUUGGAUUACAAGCAAUUGAAAGUCAGUCUUUGGGGCGGCGAUGUAGUCCUGACAGACCUCCUAAUCAAUGAAAAUGCCCUGGACGUGUUGGAUCUGCCCAUUAAGCUGGGCUAUGGUCGCCUUGGCAAGCUAAUCCUAAAGAUCCCCUUCAAGGACAUGUGGAACGGUCAGAUAGAUGCAAUAAUCGAAGAACUAUUUAUCCUGAUCGUUCCCUCCAGCCAAGUUAAAUACGAUCCCGACAAAGAAUCAAAAAAUGAACUCGAGGCCAAGCGUGCAGAACUCGCGAGGAUCGAGCGAACAAAGCAGCUCGCAGACACAAAACUCCAGGAGAAGCUCGACGACUCGAUGAUGGAGAAGCUCAUCGCGAGGAUGAUAAAGAACAUCCACGUCGAGAUAAAGAGAAUCCAUGUGCGUUACGAGGACCAUGUCACCUUCAAGGAGCACCCAUUCUCCAUGGGUUUCACCCUCAACAGACUAGCUUUAGAGAGUUGUAAUGACUCCUGGUUGACAACUGGAAACCUCAAAGAUAUGUACUCCAUUCAGCAGAUUUUCAAACUCCUGACAAUGGACGGCUUCGCUGUCUACUUGAAUCCAAAUCUUAUGCAAUUCAGCAAGCAACCACUUACGGAGUAUCUUCGUCUCUUCUCCGAGAGCAUUGCAACAACAGAUCAUGUGCCUGACGACUAUCAGUACCUUGUAGGGCCAAUAAACGUAAAAGCUAAACUCAAAUUGAAUCCGAAACCAGAGACUGACGGCAGCAACUACACAAUUCCGAAGGUCUGGUUGGAUCUGGAGAUGCAGAAAUUAAGAAUUGGCCUGACAAAGCGGCAAUACCAGACUCUCCUUCAGCUGUCUGAGGGUCUUGAUCGCGCCACGAAAGCAGCUCCCUUUAGGAAGUACCGUCCCGACGUCCCGUCAUACCGCGGGCAUUACAAAGAGUGGUGGCAAUUCGCUUACAAAUGUGUCCUGGAGGAGACAGUCCGACGAUGCCGAAGGAACUGGGACUGGUUGCACAUGAAGGGCCAUCGGGACACUUGCAGAAAUUACGCGGAAGUCUAUCAGACGAAAUUGACAUGCAAGAAGCCGUCAAAAGAUAUGGAGGAACGUCUGACGGAGUGUGAGAGAAAGUUAGAUAUCUUCAAUCUGGUGGUUAUUCGCCAGCAGAUCGAGAUGGAAGUUGAGAGGAUUGCGGAAAAGGAGAAGAGUCUCAAAGCGAAGCAAGGGUGGUUUGGAUUUUUAUGGGGAUCAUCACAAACUGAGGAGGUGGAGGAACUCAAUUCGGCUGCAGCUAUCAUGAAAAAAUUCCAGGACGCUAUGACUCCACAGGAGAAGGAAAAAUUGUUCAGAGCCAUUGAUUACCAGGAGAACAGUGCACCUGCGCAUUACCCUGAGACUUUCGUCAUGAUCGACACGAGUUUCUUCCUCCACGGGCUUCAGAUCAUAGUGUCGGACACUGACAAAGAAUGCCCUGAGGUGCUAGAUCUACAAUUCAAUGGCGUUCAUGCUGCGUUCAAGGCCAGACCAGCUGCCUCGGCGGUUCUGGUAACAGCUUCUGUUAAUGAGUUGCAAUUACUUGGAGUUAAACAAAAAGGCAAAAUUCCCUCACUGUUGAAGUCAGACUCGACUGGAGGUCCUGACAGAAGUUUGUUCUCGGUGUCCUACGAGAAGAACCCUCUGGACAAACUGUGUGGAGACAGGAUAAUUGUAAAAUCCAAGUCCAUUUACAUCGCAUACGAUGCCGAGACGAUCAUCGAAUUAGUCAAAGUCUUCAAGGUUCAGAACCCGUCGGCGUUGAAUCAAAUUCAAGCAGCUGCUGCUGAACGACUUGAGGGAUUCAAAGAAAUGUCAGCACUAGGUCUCGAAUACGCAAUUCAAAAGCACUCGACUCUUGAUAUUCAAGUGGAUCUUGCUGCUUCUCAGUUAAUUGUACCCUUUGGUGGUUUCUACACUGACGAAGCAGCAGUUAUUGUCGUUGAUCUGGGAAGUUUGACGAUUCAUACCCUGGAGAAAUCCAAAGAUGAAUUGGCGACGAGUUCUGUCAAACAGUUGGUGAGCAUGGGAAAGAGUGAGGAGGAUAUUCUCGCACAUUUGAGGAAAUACAGUUACGACAGAUUCGCUUUAAAGAUCGUGAACUUUCAAGCACUUGUUGCUUCAGAAGGAGAAGAUUGGAAGAGUGCUCUAAAGGGUGCUGGCCACUCGAUGGUACUUCUUGAACCGACGACACUUGAGAUCCAAUUCCACAAGUGUCUAAUCACGGACGACCCAAUUCUACCCAAAAUGCGGAUCGUCGGGCAACUGCCCUCUCUGGCACUGAGCAUUGAAGACGCUAGACUCCUCGAGGCAUUAUCAAUCGUUCAAAGUAUUCCACUUCCGGAGGAGGAUCCUGGAACAUUGGAAUCGGUUCCACUUACUAAAUCUGUGUCUCAGUUGUCGUUGAACUACAUGAAGGAAUUGACAGCUGUUCAGAAGGAACAGAAGGAGCCAAGAACUUCUGUUCAGCAAUCAACUGACCUCGAAGCCAAGUUUGUGAUGAAGGAGUUCACAUUGACGUUGUCUCGAAGAGAACCAGAUGAGACGGUCAAUCCUUUCGUCAGAAUCGAGGUCCUACAACUCGAAGCAGAAAUGAUCCAGAGAACUUAUGAUCAAGAAGUGAUGCUGAGAUUGGGUGGAAUCCAGGCUAAGCAGUACCAUAAUAACCAGGAAAUUUACAUGAUCAAUACACCAAUGACUUCUGGACGGGAGGAGUAUUUGAUUAUCAUUCAAUAUGUUAAUGUGAACAAGCAUUCGCCGGAAUUUGUGACGCGCCACGGGUCUGUUGUGAAACUCCUCAAAUUGGAAUUCACGACUUUGGAUGUUUUGCUGCAUCAAGAAGGAUUGAUAAAUCUUAUGAAAUUCCUAACCCAUAUGCAGGAAAAGAUGACCCCGUCAGUUCCUGCGGUAGAUGAGCCAACGAAUCGACAUAUCAGUCGUCUGCCACAGCUGUCAGUGAUCCCUGAGGACACUUCGACAUUUAUCAAAGAUAAGAUUCAGAAGCAGAAGACUAAGUCAGACAAGAAGAGAAAGAAAGUGGUUGAGUGUAUUGAUCUUAAAGUGAAAGCCAAGAUUGGGACUAUCUCGUUAAAAAUAAGCAGUGACUUCAGGGACAUAACGGCCUUUUUCAUCGAGGGAAUUACAGCUGGGUUCAUGAUGAAGGCCUCUUACUCCCAGGCCAAUGUCAAUUUGACGUCCAUUAAUAUCAAAGAUCUGAAUGAAUCCUCGAUUUACGAAAAUAUUAUCUCGGUGGUAGACGGUGAGGCAUUGCAAGUCGAAGCAGUGAUGUAUAAUAUUGAACCCGAGGAUGUAGACAAAAACAACAUGUCGAUUAAAGUCAUAAUGGGAUGUCACAGGAUAGUUUUUUUGAACUCUUUUGUAACCGGAGUGAUGAACUUCUUGAACCAUUUUCAAGUCGCUCAGGAAGCAAUUAAAGAGGCUUCAGCAGCAGCUGCUGAAGCUGCCAAGACCAACAUCAAAGAUGUCCAGGAGUCCGCAGCUAGAAUUGAACUAUCGAUCAAGAUCAAGGCUCCAAUUGUCUAUGUUCCCAUGAAUUCGAAGAGUGAUCACUGUCUCAUGUUAGACAUGGGUAAUUUGACUAUCUACAAUACCCUGAAGGCUCUUGAAGUCCAAACUGACAGCGGAGAUUCCCCCAUCAUCGAUGAGAUGAAGAUCGAAUUACAGAAUCUUAAAUUGUCUCGUAUGAAACUUGACAAGGACUUUUCCCCUGAAUACGAAGUACUUUUGCUUCAACCGGUAUCCUUUACAUUGCUGGUGAAUAGAAAUUUAUCAACUGCUUGGUUCAGAGGGAUUCCUGACAUCGAGAUGUCAGGAAAACUGAAAACGAUUGAGUUGUUACUGAGUCAUGAGGACUACACGACAGUUCUUCAGCUGCUGGAGGAGAACCUGGGGGAGGUUAUCGAGGAGCCUCAGCCGAUUCAACCAGUACCCCUCGCCACCAAAAAAUCUGUCGACGUUCGUAAAACAUCAGUUACGAAAUGCGAAGUCGAAGUGAUCAGCGAUAAAACCAGUGACUUGCAGCCGCUGAAGCAGGCGCACACGUCCAUAAAAUUCGAAUUUAUCAUGGACAGUUUAAUGAUUCACCUGUUCACAGGAGAAUCAAAAUACCUGAAGACAACCACCUCACCGUUACAUAAGCCUGAGAACGGUCUCGCUAAAUUUGGAUUAAGUCACUUUGCAGUCAAGGGGAGAAUCUUCGAAGAUGGACUCCUAGCGACAUCGAUUCUCCUUAUGAAUUGCACGUUAGAUGACACACGUCAGGUUCGUCAAGGCUCCCUAACGAGGAUCAUGGAGAGAACCUCAGCAGUUCCUUCGAUCGAUGACUUAACGAAGGAGGACUCGAAGCCAGUGAGAAGUAUGUUAGACGUGACAGUCCGCAAGAGCUCGAACGACAUGUUCGUUGACGUUCGAGUCUUUUCAUUUAGCAUAAUCGUUUCCCUGGAUUAUCUGAUAAAAGUCAAGGAGUUCUUCGAUGUCGAGAGUACUAAGACAGCUCAGAACGCAGAGCUAAUGGCGUCGCAGAAGGGGACAGAUGUUCCGAAGAAGAAACCUUCUCCUCCACCAAGUCCAUCUAUGAUGACAAUAAACCUCCUCGUAGAAAAACCAGACAUAAUCCUGCUCGAGGACAUGGACGACAUAAAUUCAAACUGCAUUGUCCUCAAUACUGAAUUGCAGAUGAAGGUACGAAUGAUUGGAGAGCAUCAGGUAAUAUCCGGGUCGGUGAAAGACCUCUCUAUUCUCGCCGGAGUAUACAAUCCUGCGAGACGAGCCGACUGGAUCUACCAAGUGCUUAAGCCCUGCACCAUCAGCAUCGCGGGCUCGACACCCGAAGGAAAGGGCUUGCAUGUAGACGUCUGUUGCACAGACAUCCAUCUGUCAGUAUCUCCAGGAGUAAUAGAGAUUCUGAAUCGCGUUGUCCAGAAGAUAACAGCAAAGGAGUCAGAGCCUGGAGAAGAGGUUCAAGCAGAUCCAACUCACGAAGGUCUCUGGUUGAUCACACCUUAUGAAGAGAAGAACUACUGGUUCUUGAAGACUGAAGUUGCCCAGGAGGCACUCGACUUCCUCGCCUUCGAGGAAAGUGACGAAGCAGCUAUUUAUAAACCGGAGCUAGCUAUCCUUUCAGCCCCAAAUAUUGUUCUAACUCUCGAAGCUGGUGUUGGUAAUAAGACACUACCGAUGCUCCUUCUUCAUAUAGGCUUUCAGAGCAACAUCAACGACUGGAGCACGAAGACGAUGAGCAUCGAUAGCACAAUGUCAGUGAUAAUGGCGUACUACAACAGUCGUCUAGCCCUAUGGGAACCCCUGAUAGAGCCCAUCGAGACUUUCAAGAAUGGAGAACGAACUUCCAGUUCCUGGGAACUGAAAACCAAGAUCUCUUUCCACGAUGUCUCUUCGGAUUCACCUACGGCCAGCGCCCUAAGUCCGAGUACCGAAAGUGAACCUGAAGAGUUUCAACAGCCCACACGAAUGUCUAUAGACGUUCAGUCCUCCGAGAAUCUUGAAAUCACAGUCACUAAGACGUGUCUAGAGGUUCUCCAGCAGCUUGGACAAGCUUUUUCAAACGCCAUGAUUGUAACGGACAAAGGAUCUCCGUCGAAAUUAGCGCCCUAUCUGCUGAAGAAUGAGACUGGUUUGUCGUUGACCCUCGAUCUAGUCAGGAGCAAAUUCAAGGUAAUCAGUGGUACCGUGGAGACGCUUGAUCCAGUCUCCGAAACUUACUCGGAAGUUGUUCUUGAGUCUGGGGCGUCAGUUCAACUGGCGCCGAAGACAGUUAAGGCCGGCAUCGAUGUUUUGGAGCAACUCAAGAGUGUUUCCGUGAAAGACUCCGGGGAUAAUGUCUUCGUGGUGACGUUCAAGGACAUUGGUAACAGGCUGGAGAUACCCGUGUUGAAAGCUGACAAGCGAUUCUUUCCCCUCAAGUACAGAAAAGAGGGCUCUGAAGAAUGGGGUCUCAUCUCCGAUGUUGUAGUGGAGGAUGGCAGUACUGUUGUCACACUCAGGAGCAUUCUCCAGGUGCACAAUCACUUUACCCAGCCAAUCUCGGUUUACUACAUGACGAAACGAGGGAAUGAAGUGGAGUGCGUUGGAACUGUGGCACCUGACAAAAAGCUGAAUCUUCCCCUGGAUGCGGUCUAUACGCCCACCAAUAUUUAUUGGCUCUUUUUCAGUGUUGAAGGGUACAUGGUAGCCGUGGAGCCUUUCAUCUGGAAAGAUCUCCAGAAAACGGUUUCCAUGACGAAAGUACUUAAAUGCGAUUCCAGGGAAAAGGGAGACGACAACAAAGAUGUCUUCUAUAUUCAGGCUGUGGGAGAGAUAGAGCAGGUGUUCUUUGAGAACACAAACCGACACACUAUGGCCAGCACAAUUUAUAAUGUUCAUUUGUACCCAGCUGUCUAUCUCAAGAAUUUCUUACCCAUUGAUAUCGUCAUUGAACUUCCUGGCUCUGUCGAGGAGAUGCUGGUGAAAGCCAGCGAGACACUGCAGUUACCGGUUAUUGACCCGAGCAAUUCGAAUAUUGUUAUCAAGUUGCCUCAAUACCUGGAGAAAGAUUGGUCCUGCAAGGGGGAAAUAGUAGCCGAACCUCCGGAAUUCUCUGUAUGGUCCUUCGAGUCUUUCGACAGUGCCCAGAAAGUUAUAAUGGAUCUGGGAAUGCACUGCUCAUUUAAUCACGGAUCAGUCGUCAUGGCGCUCUACUGUCCCUUCUGGAUGCUCAAUAAGACGGGACUGAUGUUGUCUUACAGAAAAUCAAGUAAAGGUGGCAAAGACCAGACGAGUCCAGCUAAGAAAUUCCUAUGCUCGAUGCGACCGAGACGCCGCAGAGGAGAGUUUGGCAAGCGAAAGGGCAAACCGAGUUCCGAAGAUCAGCUGAACGUGAUGUACCAUCCGGAGCACUACAAGGGCCCCAUUCUGUUUUCUUUCCGAUCGAAGGCCUUCUUCGGCAAGAAGAAAGCUAUGGUCCGAGUGGAGGAUGGCGAGUGGUCCGAGAAAUUCCCAAUCGACGUUGCUGGUAGCAAGGGAGUCGUAGUCUGCAGGUACAACGGCAACAACUAUCGGAUAGGUGUUCACAAUCAGCUGACCUACAACUCUCUGACGAAACAGAUAACGUUCACUCCUUACUACAUUCUGAUAAAUAACGCGAGGUUUUUGAUCGAGUGCCAAGAGGCGAAUAGGCCGGCGAGUACGAUAACACGGGUGCCAUCAGGCGAAUGUCUCGCCUUCUGGCCAGAGUCUGAACAAGAACGAAAGCUUCUGGUGGCCAUGGUAGGAGGCCACAGUGAGAAGACAGCACCAUUUAUCUUCACCGAGGUCCAUACGACUCUCUUGAAACUAGACAACAAAUACGGAGGCAUCAACAUUGAUAUUCAGAUCAAUGAGGGCGGGGUUUAUAUUUCAAUGUCCGGGUACACUCCCGGCAAUGCUCCAGCGCUGAUAAUUAAUCACACAUCGCAGACAAUUCACGUUUGGGAGAAGGGAUCCAUAAAUGUAAGAUCGUUACAGUCAUUCAAUCGAAUGUUCUACACGUGGGAGAACCCCUCGGGCUCCAGAAAACUCGUCUGGGAGGAUCACAAUAAGAAGGAAAUUGAGAAUGACUUGAGACAGGACAAUCUGGGUGCCUUUCAGAGCCCCGACACGCAGGAGGAGAUCUUCUACGUGUCGUUCUUGGAUGGAACUCAACGAGUUUUGCUAUUUACGACGUCUUUGAAGAUAGCUGAGGAGUGUCAGCUUGUUGGUGAUCUUGAAGUCGCUGAUCAGGACAUAACUAUGAGUAUUCAUGGAGUGGGAUUGUCACUGGUGAACAAUAUAACGAGAACGGAAUUGUUGUACAUGUGCAUUGCCGACUCUGGGAUCAUCUGGGAGACGAGAAAAUCAAACGGAGGGCGGUGGAAGCCACUCAGCACUCAGGAAGUGCUUGUCAUUGAGGAGGGAUACCAAAAGUACCUUAGAGAGGUCCAAUUGAAGAGCGAUACACCCCCUAGGGUGAUGCUGGAUCCCAAGUUGAUGGUCGAUUAUCAGAAUAUGGAAAUGUUGAAGCCUCAUCGGAGGUACAUGAGAAGAAGCUUCCAAACUGGGCUUUGGGUGCAGUACAGAACGUCUGCUCAUCAAGUUCAGCUUCAUGCCAAGAUCAACAGACUGCAGAUCGAUAAUCAGUUGUAUGACUGUGUCUUCCCAGUGAUUCUUGCCCCUGUACCUCCACCAAAGAGUGUGACUCAGUCGUCAGUUGUGAAGCCUUUCGCUGAGAUGAGUAUUGUGAAGCGAUUGUUGGAGCACAGUACCGUACAGCAGUUUAGAUACUUCAAGGUUCUCAUUCAGGAGUUCCAUGUUAAAGUGGAUAUUGGGUUCAUCAAUGCACUGAUGGCAUUCUUCGAGGCCAAUCAGGUGAAUGACGCCGAAGAAAGCAAGCUAUUCCGAACUGAUAUGAAAUUAGUAGACGAACCCCUAAUGUACCACGUGAACCUAAUAACGACCGCUGAGCAGAAGAACUUCUUUGAUCUCCUUCACUUUUCACCACUGAAAAUCCACGUGAGUUUUUCGAUGACUGGAAGUGGAGGUGGUCCUUCUGCAGUUCCCCAAGUUCUCAAUGUCGUUCUCCAAGGAAUCGGAGUGACUUUAACAGACAUCAACGACAUUGUCUUUAAGUUGGCUUACUUCGAGCGUGAUUAUGUCUUUAUGACGCAUCAGCAGUUGAUUUCCGAAGCGACGAGCCAUUACGCCGGACAAGCCAUCAAGCAAGCUUACGUUCUGGUUUUAGGAUUGGACGUAAUCGGUAAUCCUUAUGGUUUAGUGGUUGGAACGAUGAAGGGGAUCGAGGAUCUGUUCUACGAGCCUUUCCAGGGGGCCAUCCAAGGUCCAGGGGAAUUCGCUGAGGGCUUGCUCUUAGGAGUUAGAAGCAUGUUGGGUCAUACUGUCGGGGGUAUGGCCGGUGCUGUCUCCAAGAUCACUGGAGCCAUGGGGAAGGGAUUGGCUGCUCUGACUUUUGAUGAGGAUUACCAAAGAAAACGUCAGGAGCAACUGAAUAAACAGCCAGCUAAUCUGCAAGAGGGUUUAGCUAGAUCAGGAAAAGGUCUGGUAAUGGGAGUUGUCGACGGCGUAACAGGGGUCGUGAUGAAACCACUCUCAGGAGCUAAAGAAGAAGGUGUUGAAGGAUUCUUCAAAGGAUUUGGCAAAGGCGUAGUGGGACUGGUAACAAGACCAACCGCUGGUGUCAUCGACUUUGCAAGUGGAUCUUUCGGGGCUGUGCGACGCUGUGCUGAAUUAACUGAGGAGGUCAGGCGGACGAGACCUCCUAGGUACCUCCAACCUGAUUCUCCCGUCAGGCCCUAUGUCAAGGAAGAGGCUGAGGGACAUAAGAUUCUUCUCGAACUUGAGAAAGGAAAAUUCGCGAAUACUGAUGUCUACUUCUUCCAUGUCCAUAUUCAGAAAGACGUUCUUCUCCUCACUGAUCAGAGAAUUGCUUAUCUCGAGCAUAACGAUCUCUUUGGGGGCUGGAAGGUCGAAUGGAGCUACACGUGGCAGGAAAUACCACAGAAAGCGCAGAUUGUUGAUAAGGGAGUGCAGAUAUUCGUGAAAGAUGGGAAGAAGAAGAAAUUAGGACUUUUUGGGGGAAGCGAUAGUUCAAAAGUGGUUUUGAUUGGGGAUUACCUCCUGAAGCAGCAGCUGUGCCACAGGAUAGAGGAACAACUCGACCAACUUGAGGUGUAAACGAGACAUGACAGACAAAUCAUAAGAAAAGAUAAUACACUAUAUAAAAUCCCAUUGAUAGAAUUCUGCGCUUCGUUUGGAAAAACGAGGUUUUGUAUUCUUUAUGUUGUUUAUCCAUUGACUUCGAUUUAUCGGUGCCAAUGAACAUUAUUUACUGCCUCAAACCCGUAGUGUAUAAGGGGAAUUUCCUGUUUCAAUGAGUCUGGUAGCUGGAGAACUUCAUGCUAGUCCGAAUGAUAAUAAUCAAAAAUAUAUGUCAAGACUAUUUUCAUGCACAAACACAUGUACAAAAAAUUCUUUUAAUUCCUAGGACUCCUAUUGAAAAUUCAAUGUUUGCUCAUUGUAUUGAAAACCUCGAUACAAUUCGUUGUUCUGUAUUAGAAAAAUGUUCCGCUAAAAUCCUUCCAGUCGAACUUUCUACAUUUAUCAAUUAGAUGUUCAUUAGAUUUGAACUGACGAAUUAAAAAAACGAAAAUUCAUGUCAUCGACUUGAUAGAACAUAACUCGAUACAGUAAAUUCUAUGAAUUCAAUUUACGAGUUUCGACUAACGACCAAUCGGAGACAGAUGCAAAAUUAUCAAUACAGUGGGUAAAGAACGGAUAUAUUUUCAAAUGGAUGUCCAAUAGGAAUUCUUUUUCGGUGACACUUUUUAUUCACACGCACAUGCUAUUUUUUCGAUAAACGCUAUGAAAAAAUGCAAACGGAAAAAAUGCGAAGUAUUUCAGGAAUGAAGUGGUGAAGGGACCGCGUCAGGGAUCACUUCAUUGCCAGUUUUUGUAGAUGAGACAUACGUCUUGUUCUAUGGCCUACUGAGUGCCUGCAUUAGUAUAUAACCAUAUAAUCUUAUUUUUAUUUUUAUUUUCAUUUUUUACGCGAGUGUUUUUGCUGUUUUCAGGUGAGAUAUCGAUAUUUCUAUUGGAUAACGUUUUUUCUUCAUUGAUAUAUUCCAGGUUACACUUUUUUACACGUAUUAUAGAUUAUAUAAAUGAGGAAAACGUUUAUGAACUUUGCGGUAUUGUCAACGGGGAGAAAACCAUCGUUAAAAGCUUCCAUUAUUCUAUUGAUUAUUGAUGAAUGAGGGGACUUUAGAGCCUGGUAACAACGGUUGUUUGAUAUUUAAAUUUUAAAUAAAGAGUGAUGCAGAUAUUGUUAUAUGAAUUUAAUAAAGGACUGUCACGAGAAA